CCAUUAAUCUAAAUGGGUCUAAGGAAAACAUGAAGUAUGUUAUAUUUAAUUUUGUUAGCCUUUCUAAUUAAUUUAACAAAAUGUCAAUAUAGUAGUGGAAGUGAUAAAUUUCAUAAUCUGAAACUCUGUGAUAAUGAUUGUAAAAAAGAUGGUAUCACAAUUUGGAGAGACAGCAGUAAUAUUGAAUACAUUAAAAGUUAUGUUAAAAAAUACACUGAUAGUACCAAAGAUAAUAAUAAAAUGAAAAGUAACUAUUUAAAUUAUAAUUUAAAUCCAAAGAAAACUAACUCUAACCAAAAUGACAUUCAAGAAGAAUUAAAUAACAAAAGUCGCAAUUGUCGAGUAGGAUCUAAUGACAAAAACAUACAAAUAGAAGAAAAGAGCGGCAACAUUAUUAUAAAAGAAAAUAAGAAAAAUAAUGGCGGGAAAAAUCAAAUUAUUAGCGACGAAUAUUUGGAUAACAAAAUAAUAGAAAAGUGGAUCAAAUAUAAAAAACGUGAUAAUUCCAAAGAAAAUAUGAAUAAAAAUAAACAAAGAAAAUUAAGGCAAAACCUGGAUAACUUGAAUCUCGACGCUUCACAAGUUGUAGAAGAACUUUCAAAAAUUGACCCUGGACCAGAAGUGGAAUUGGAAAGUGAAAUAGGAACGUUCCUAGAAAAUGAACAUUUAUUAGUUACAAUGUUAGCAUUAAAAAAAGGUGACGAUGAUGAACAAGCUUCAGAAGUUAUGGAAGAUCCUUCAAAAGUUGAUCCUGGAUCAAAAGUGCCUUUGGGAAGUGAUUCAGAACCAUUCCUGGAUGAUGAUGAUUUUUUAGUUUUAGGAUUAGGAAAAGAUGACUAUGACGAACUAGUUAACGCAAUACAAGAUUUGAAAGCGGAAUUAGAAGCAUAUUUUCCAGCCAAAGCAAAAGCAGUAUUACCAGACGAAGCAACAGAAAUGAAAAGUACUGAAGAAAUUAUAGUUGGAGAAAAAAUGACUGAAAUACCUUAUGUUGAAGAGGAACAGACUAAAAUAAACAGUGCAAAAGAAAUUAAUACUACUGAGAUACCUAAUUCUGAAGAACAUCAGAAUAAAUUAACAAAUGUAGAAGAUACGAAAACUACCGAGGAAGCUAUAGUUGAAGAAGAAAUCAGUACAACACCUUAUGUUAUAGAAGAGCAGACUGAAAUAACCAGUGCAGAGGAAAUUAAAACAACAGAGGAAACUAAUUUUGAAAUAGAAACAACUGAAGAACCAAAAAUUGAAGAGCAAAUCACUAAAAUUCCUAAUAUUGAAGUAGAGCAAACUGAAAUGACGAAUGCAGAAGAAAUGAUAACUACCGAGGAACCUAUAGUUCAAGAAGAAAUUACUGAAACAUCUUAUCUUGAAGAAGAGGAAAAUGAAAUAACUAGUGAAAGAGAAAUAAAAACUACAGAAAAAGAAAUCACUGAAAUACCUAGUAUUGACGGAGAGACUACAGAAAAUUCCUAUAUUCUAGACGAAAGCGCAGAGGAAAAUAAAAUUGAUAAAAUCGAAAACAAAGAGGAAACUAAAGUCGAAAAUGUGACUACCGAAACACUAAAUGCUGAGAAAUACGAUGAACCUGUAAGUGAUAAAUACGUAACUGAAGAACCUACUACUGAGCAAGAAGUCACUAAUGGAUCGGAAGCUUCAAAAGAAAUAACAGAAGAACCUAGCCUCAACCAUGAAAAUACAGAACAUAAAGUAGUUGAAGAUAUCACCAUAAAUCCCGAAGAGCCCAAGGAACAAGAAGUCGACGAAAUCGCAGAGGAAAAUAAAAUUGAUAAAAUCGAAAACAAAGAGGAAACUAAAGUCGAAAAUGUGACUACCGAAACACUAAAUGCUGAGAAAUACGAUGAACCUGUAAGUGAUAAAUACGUAACUGAAGAACCUACUACUGAGCAAGAAGUCACUAAUGAAUCGGAAGCUUCAAAAGAAAUAACAGAAGAACCUAGCCUCAACCAUGAAAAUACAGAACACAAAGUAGUUGAAGAUAUCACCAUAAAUCCCGAAGAGCCCAAGGAACAAGAAGUCGAUGAAUUAGGCGAUAAAGUUGUAGCAUUAUAUGCACUAAUAUUAGCGAAAGAACACAAAAUAAUUGAUUGGAUUAUAGAGCAACUGAAUCAAACAACUGCCUUGGUACAUACAGACGAAGUGGCUGAGGAAGUUAAACAUAUACAAGAUGAAUUAGGCGAUGAAAUUUUAUCAUUAAAUGCACUAAUAUUAGCUAAAGAACACAAAAUAAUUGAUUGGAUUAUAGGCCAACUGGAUCAAACUACUACAAUGGAGCCUAAAGGCGAAGUUUUAACGGAAGUACAACAUAUACAAGAUAAAUAUGGCGAUAAAGUUGUAGCAUUAGAUGCACUAAUAUUAGCGAAAGAACAAAAAAUAAUUGAUUGGAUUAUAGAGCAAAUUGUUUCACUUUCAGAAAAAUUAACCGAAGAACCUACAGCUGAAGUUGUUGAGGAAGUGCAACAUAUUCAAGGUAUAAACUAAGCAACAAAUCAUCUUUGUGUGUGGGUUAUUCCAACAAUACAAAGUCAACAUUAAAAGUCGCGACCUCCUUAAAUGAGAUCGACUACCGUGGAAUCCCUUUUACAUCUCAUCGUCGAUCCCCUUGGUGUCAACAUAGACAACUUUGGGUAUCAUAGUUCUAGAGCUGGAGGACUGAAGAAAACGUCCGAGGUUUCUCUGGAGGCAGUCUGAUACAUCGGUAGCUUUGAUAUAAAAUAGUUUUAGACUCAGUGGCUUUUUCAUUCAUUUUUAAAAUAUUUUUGUUUUUAAUUACACGUAUUCUUUAUAUUGUAUUUGUUUGCUUAUUUUUUUAUAUUCUUUUUUAUUUAUUAUUAUUAUUAAUUAUUAUAUUACUAUAUUCAAACUUUCUGUAGAUAUGUAACAAAGGUG